AGAGAUGAACCAAAAAAGGAAGAGCCGUCAACAACUGUCACUGUCACUUCUUUCUCAGUCUCAGUAUUAUUUUUGGUUAAGGUUUUUAUUUUGAAAAGUAUAAAUACAAAAAUACUAAAUAGUUUCGAUCAUCUUUUGGUGCUUUGGUCUACACUUUAGAAUGUCGGACGGUGCCAGUAAGGAUACGAGUAUGCAGAAAACACCAAUGAUUUAUAUCUGUGGAGAAUGCCACAGUGAGAACGAAAUACGUCCAAGAGAUCCCAUUCGUUGUCGAGAAUGUGGAUAUAGGAUUAUGUACAAAAAGCGAACAAAAAGAUUAAUCGUUUUUGAUGCUCGAUAA